AUGAUCCCGUUUCCAGCCGUCACCGUUUGCUUGACGGAGAAAUAUACAAAGGGAAAAGUCGAUAUCGACCGAUUGGCAGACGCAUUAACCAAAGCAAUGCAAUCAAAUGAACCGGAGAAUUUCAUGAAUUUAACAGCCAAAGAAUUGAAUCAAUUGGAUACUUUGCUAGUGAUAUGCUUUCAGUGGUUGUAUCAUUAUUAUGACCUUGAUUAUUCCAUUCCACGAACUGAGAUCAUUUACAAAACAAUUGAAGAAAUGUCUCCAAAUGAGGUGCCAGAAGCACACUUUUUCAAUUGGAGUUCGGUGUUUGAGCCAUAUUUUACGAGUGAAGGAGUUUGUCACAUAUCGAAUUCGCUUGAUUCAAGGGAUAUUUACAGCGAUAACGUCGUACCUGAAUUGAAGACAGUGUGGAAGAAUCCUACUGCGAUCCAUUGGAAUAUGGAAGAUGGCUACAAUUUGAGUGCGAACAGCGGUGAAAUAUAUCCACAUCGUAUGUUUGGCUACGAUUACAGCGAUACAAUGUACGUUGUUGUUAAAAGUUUUGUCGGUGAAUCGAAUAAAUACUGCGAUAGAUUUGCACAAGGUUUUCAACUUGCCCUCCAUCCGCCCGACGAAUUAGCACGAGUGCCCUGA